AAACUAUUUCUUGUUUUGUAAGUAUAGAGCUUUAAAUGAUCGCUCAGAAUAUUGAUAUCAAUUUAUUUGAUCAUGUCAAAGUAUUUACGAAAACUGAAAGCUUCUGUAAAGUUAAUGAAUUCUGAUAACCGUAUGCAUGAUAAUUUGUAAAUAUUGAGGUCUUGUCAGUGAACCAUCCAUAAUGUGAUUGUGUAGUGGCGGCAAAUUCAAAAAGUUUUGUGUACUAAUUGAUUUCUUUUAAGGCAGGUUAGCUUUGUAAAGAGCAACGAGAAACACACUGUUGGCUUCAACAGUGUUGUAUCAACGUCCUUUGAUUUUUUGAAGAAAAGUGUUAAAUUAGUGUUGUGUAUGUGUGAACCAUGGAACCAGCAGCACCUGGUACUGAAGAUGAAGUGAAACCUUAUCAACAGUAUAAUAAGCAGGAAAAUGAGAAGGAACGUCUGUUAUCAAUAAAAGCACGUUUGUCAACGGGAGAAUAUGGAAAUGUAUUCGAAUUUAGCUAUCAAAAUGGGUGUGAGUCGUGGUACUGCAACUUGUGUAACUGCCCAGUCAUGGGUAAAGUCUAUCAUCAUGAAAUUGGCAAGAGACAUACCAGUAACAUGCAAGAUGCAGGGUUACAGUUACCUUCCAGUAAAGAUAAUGAAAGUGUUCAGGACUUUGUGCAGAAUACUGUGCACGUUGCCCCUGGAGAACCAGUGCCACCUGGUUUCGAAGGAGAAGCACUGAAAGUUACUUUGAUACAAGAACGCUUAGAUAAUUAUAAAGUUGGUCCAUUGAUUGGUCUUGAAUAUUUGCUGGAAAUACACGAAUAUGAUCGCGAGAAAGAGCCUUCUUAUCUGUGUAUAUUAUGUGACAAACGUGGAGACCCCAGGACAGUUAUUGCUCACUUGGCUAGUUACAAUCAUUUGAGCCAGUAUUUGCAACGACAUUUCGUCAGUACCUACCGCAUUCUCUCACCCUAUAUGAUUAAACAGUUUAAACCCAACUGGCAAGCUGCCAUGCAAAAAAUUGCAGAAGCAAUCGAAUCUAAAUAUGGUCGCUUGAAACCUCAUUAUGUUGAGCGGGAGAGUUUUGAGGAGAAACGAUAUGAGUAUCAACAGAUGAUUGCUCGUGGACCCCAUUUCAGCGAUAAGAAUGGUUGUACGUUUGAAGAACUCCUUGACAAAAACGAACUGACGAAACCAAUGGGUGAAGAGCCGAUUAAAGUGAUAAAACCGUCGGAGGAUGUAUCAAAACGCCCAUAUCGUAAAUCUGGAACAGUUCCUGGAUCAAAUGAAAAGCGUAGCCCUUCGCCUCCUGUCGUUAAUCGUCCCAAAAAGCCCAUUAAAACAUCCUCAGGUGAAAAAUCCAAAGAGAGAAGGGCUUCCCUUUCUAGUGUUUCAAGCAUAUCCAGCAGUGAUCUUAGCGAUUUUGAACCAUUCCCUAAAAAGGUAGACAAAAAAGAAACAUCACCCCCAAGAAAAUCGUCAUUUAGAUCCCGAAGUCGUAGUCCAGACCGCAGAUACAGAAAACGACGCUCAGUUACACCUCCAAAGAAUAAGAGAGGUAGCUACGAGUAUAGGCCUCCGUGGAAACGUUCUGACUAUUCUCGUCCUCGAUCUGAAUUUCCCUCUGAAAAUCGUGAUAAGAAUAAGCAAGAAAAACUAGAACAAUACAAAAAGUUAUCUGCAGCUAUUGAAAAUGAUAUGGAAAAUGUGAAAAAGCAGCAUGAAAAAAAUCCGGAAAAACAUCCCCAAUAUAACGAAGAAUGGAAAAAGUUCUGGAAUAAAAGGUAUAAGGAAUUGCAAGCUGAAGGUAAAGACGCAGUAAAUUAUGAUUUUAAACCAGAGUGGAUCCAAUUUUGGAAUAAACGUAUGAUCGAACUUCACAAUGCAGAAGUGAAAAGUAAAAAAGACGCUUUAAGGAAGAGGCUUGGGCUUCCUGAAGAACCAGCACCUGUUUGCUUUAAGAUAACGGGAAAAAAGAAGAUUGGAGGAGUAGAUGCAGGAAAACCAUCGAAACCUGCUCCUUUGGCUUCUGCUCCCGAUCAGGACCCUGAUGUGAUCAUUAUAGACGAUAAAGAUGAAGAUACUCUCAGUUCAAAACGGUCUCAUAGUCCAUGGGAAGUCGACUCUCGUAAGUUGAGGGGUUCUCGCGACAGAGAAAAAUCCGAAGAUAGGCGUAGGUCGAGGGAAAGAAACAGGUCAAGAGAAAGAAAUAGGUCAAGGGAAAGAAAUAGAUCUAGAGAAAGGGACAGAUCAAGAGGAAGGGACCGAUCUCUAGAUCGCCUAAGAUCUAGAGAUAGGUCUAGGGAUAGAUCGUUAGAACGUGACAGACGUCCCAGAGCAAGAAGUAGGGAUAAACGAUCGCGAGACAAAAGUUCAGAACGUGAUAGGAGUCGCGAGAGGGAGAAGAGUUACGAAAGGGGAAAGGAUUAUCGUUCCUGGGAACGAUUUAGCCCCGAUAGGGAUAAGAGAUUCGUUCGAGAGCGAUCAUUUGAGCGUGACAUGUUUUACCGUGAUUCCUACAAAAAGUCAUAUCUUCCGAGUUAUCUUAAACCACCGCGAGUUAUGCGCGACGUAACCCGACAUCCUGUAUUAUCUCCGCCACCGACUGCUGAACCAAAGGUUGAUCCCGAAAUCGAAAAUAUCGAGGUUAAUCUUGUCAGUGUUCUUCGGUUAUUAACCGCUUUGGAAGAGAAAUUGGGCUCACUAGGCCCCAAAGUGAUUGACCUUUUGGCGAAAGCGCUGGCAAUGGAAAAGAACGAAGCGAAUAGUUCCGAAACGCUCCUGGAUAAUGAGGUUACUUGUGUGCUAUUUGAAACGGUCAAAGAAAAGCUUAAAGGACAAUUGCUUGCUGGAUUAGUGGAUCAUAAUCAAGAAAAAGCUUUUAAGAAUGCUAUCAAGAAAACAGCUGAAUUAAUCUAUAUAGCGGAAGAACGAAGACGUAACAGUAACAAAAUGAAACCAAAAACAGAACCAGUUACUGUGCCUGGCAUUGGAACUGUUGAUAAGGCCGCUAUUGCGAAACAAAUUGCCACUGCAUUAGUUAUGCAAGGAAAAACUGAUGUAACUCAACAAGAACUGGAGCAACUUAUUAACGCAGUGGUUGGUAUGGCAGAAGCUUCUAAAAAUUCUAACAAACCUAUUAAUACAGCUUCCUUUCUACAACAACUUACAACUUCUCAGAAGACCACCACAACUCCAGAACCUGUAAGUUUAUUUUCGGAGGGUAAAUCAAAAGACUUUCCAUCCAAAGAAACUGGUAUGUCUGGUUCUAAUAUGGAUGGUCUGUCAGAUUCAGAUUUACAAACACUUCUACAAAACUUUAAGGAUCUCUCCACUGAAGAACAACACGGUCUUAUAUCUUAUUUAAAGAAACUUGAAGCUAAAGAGCCCGAGCGAGUGGAACGACUACGUAAAUUUGUAAAAUUGGAAUCGAGCGAAGGAGAAACCACAGAAAAUGAGAAACCGUCAGAAAAAGUGAAAGAUAAUAAAGGGGAUGGAGGUAAACCUUCAAGUCCGUUUGCUAAAAGAUUAGGCGGUGGCAAUCCUAUGUUAGAAGAGAAUGAUUACGAAGAAAAGGAUGAAGAAAAUGAAAAGGAUAACAAAAAUAAUGACGAUUCAAAGAAGGAAGUAAAGAUAAAUUUAGAUUCAGAAGACGAAGAAUAUUCAUACGAAGAUGUAUUCAAAGCUGCUACUAAGAACGUUACGGAAAAAGAAAAACAAGAAGAAAAAACAGAACAAAACUUGACUGAUGCGAAAGCUUUGAUUGCGAAUCUGAUGGGCCAGUUGGGAGCCAAAAAUAGUGCCCCGAGAGAAUCGCAAUUUACUUCAACUCCUUCCACCAUGCCAAUAUCAGCAAAUUUGACACACACACUGAACAAUUUACCUAUUAGUAUGGCAAACUUGGCUAGUAUAGUGAGCAAUGUGAACAGAAAUUCUGCAAGUACCUAUUCUAAUUCCAGUUUAACUGAAAAUUUACCAAUUUCAGCGAAAUCUACGCCAGGAAAUCCAAUUACGAGCAUUUCAAGUACAGGUCCUACUUGUACCACAAAUUUCAAUCCUUUAGGCAUUGGUUAUGUUUAUCCUAAUAAUCCCGUUUAUUCUAAUGCUUCAAGAAUUAGAUCUGAUAUGGAUGGAAAUCCUAUGAAUAUGCCACAAGGUGGUCCUAUGGGCCGUAACCAAAUAAACCCUACUUUCGGAGGUGCUCCAACAGGUAAUUAUAAUGUACGUCCUAUUCAAAGAUUAGAUUCAAUGGGUCAAAAAGGAUAUGCUUAUGAAUCGGGCGGUGGUCCCAAUAUGGGACCCAACGGACCAAACAUGCCCCAAAGCGGUCCGGGAGGACCACCGGGAAUAUCCAGACCAUCCAGUGAAUAUGAUACGGUUCAGUAUUCAGUUAAGGCAAAUCCUUAUGUAAACCAGUUUCAAAGGACAGGUAAUUUUUCGGGUCCUCAUGGUCCUGUAUCGUAUCCAGUGUAUGAUCAAAAUAGAAUGGGAAACCCUGGAACUUACGCCAUGCAAAAUAGAAACCAAUAUGGAAGACCGUCUAAUUUUGGAGGGCGAUGGUGAUGUUAAAAAUAUAAUACAGAACUUGCCGAGUUAAAAAAUUGUAAAAUAUUUCGUUCUUUCUUUCUUGAAAGGUAUUAUACUUGUGUAUCAUCACUGGACUAUAUUUAUGUUUUGCCUGUAAUCAUUUUUGUAUGUGUAUAAUUAAUAAUAAUCUUGAAUACUC